AUGUCGACGGCAGAUGAGCCAAACCCAUACGAGCUCCUAGAGCUCCCACUAGAGGCGACUGAAGCACAAAUACGGACAGCAUACAGAACGCGAUCACUAAAAGUCCAUCCAGAUAGGAACCCUGAUGACCCCGAUGCAGCACGUAAAUUCCAUACCCUAAACCAAGCCUACUCCCUCCUCCUCGACCCCCUUCGUCGCCUCGCGCUCGAUGCACAGCUCCGCCUGGCAGCAGCGCGAAAACAACGCUUCGCUGGGUACGACAAGAAACGUGCGGCGCUCGUGACGGAGUUGGAGGAGAGGGAGAGAGAGGUGAAGCGUGCAAAGGUGGAGAAGCGGCGGGAGGAGGAGAUGAGGGAGGGCGAGAACGAGCGGAUACGGGAGGCGGGGAGGAGGAUGAGGGAGGAGAGGGAGAGGGCGGUGAAGGAGCGGGAGGAGGAGGCGGUGAGGGAGAAGAGGAUGGCGGAGGAGGAUGUUCCACCUGAGUUGGGUGC